UCCAUGUGUCCUUGUCCCUAUCAUCUCCAAGAGAAACUCGUGGGAACAAGAAUCAAUCCUGGAAGGUCCUGUAAUGACAUAUUGAUAAGACGUGGUGGCCAACUUAGGAGUGGACCAUAUUGGGUAACAUUCGAGUCUUCCGCCUACCCAUACUAUGUAUUCUGCGAUAUGGAGACUGCUGGAGGAGGCUGGACUCUAGUCACCAAGGUAAAGGGUAACGACGUUCUGAUGAACCGAGUAAACGCAGCCCAAUGGCGAGACGGAAGGUUGAUGGGAAGCACCACUAAUCUUGUGAACGAAAACGCUUUGGGACUUGCGUACACUGCAUUACAAUUCCGUGAUGUGAUGAUACGCAGCCUGACUGACGGCAGAAAACAUCUGGCCUGGAGACAUCCAGUCACAUUUCGAAGCAUUCAGUCAAUCGUAAAGAACUGCACAAGGAUUAGCAAUGGCUACAAACUCUCUGGUAGUAUCCAACAGUUAGAUUACAAAGGAAACCCGAUAUAUCACAACGACUGUACUGAAUUGGUGUACGGCUUUAUGGGAGGAGACUCGAGUCAUGCCACAACUACUGUGGCAGGAUGUGCCAAAGGUCACAAACACGGUCACACUGGUGCUGUCAUUGGAGCCUUUUUGGAUCCACCUAGCGGUGACCGCAAGACACCCAACCAAGACUUCAAAUGUAUCAGUGACUUUGGUAUUGGUGGUGGAUACAUCAGUAUGACCAACCUCGUUGGACGAUACGCAAUCAACGCCCACUAUUGGUCAAGCGGUAACAGCAACACAAACUCGUGGAAUUCGCACGGCGUGUUCGUCAGAUGAAAUGCUAGAAACAAAGAUUUGCUAUUCACGUCACUGACUGUGCAGUGUUUCUGUGUUCAAGUUUUGUUUGAUUGCUAUUCGAAGCAUGCAGCUGUAUUAGUGGAGAAUCACGCAUUAAUUAAAUGAAAAUAUAUUUGCCAGGUU